UUAUGAUGCCGUCCUUAAAGAGCAAAUGGAGAUUGCAGAAUCAAAAGAUGAAGGAGAGUUGCUCAACUGGGGGGACAUACAAAAGAUGAAAUAUACAUGGAACGUGGUAUGUGAAGUAUUGCGAUUGCAGCCCCCAGCUAGUGGAACUUUUAGGGAGGCCAUCACCGACUUCGUCUAUGAGGGAUAUCUAAUUCCAAAAGGAAUGAAGUUACAUUGGAAUGCGUUUGCCACACAUAAGAACCCGGAAUACUUUCCAGAUCCACACAAGUUUGAGCCGUCAAGGUUUGAAGGACAAGGACCACCUCCUUUCUCGUAUGUUCCUUUUGGAGGAGGACCUCGAAUGUGUCCCGGAAAAGAAAAUGCUCGAUUCCAGAUAUUGGUUUUCAUGUAUAACCUGGUCACCAGAUUCAAGUGGGAGAUGGUUUUUCCUGAUGAGAAGAUGGUCGUGGACCCUGUUCCUUUUCCUACCCAAGGACUUCCUAUUCAUCUAUUUUCUCAUAAAUCAUAA